AUGAUAACUGUCAGAGAAGCUCUGAACCAAGCUAUAGAUGAGGAGAUGGAAAGAGACGAAAGAGUAUUUGUUCUUGGAGAAGAGGUAGGAGUAUCCGGAGGAAACAAUGAGGUUACCAAAGGAUUGUAUGAGAAGUACGGGAAAUGGAGGGUCUUGGAUACGCCUAUAAGUGAGAUGGGAUUCACAGGCCUGGCUGUUGGGGCCUCUUACCUUGGCCUUAGACCAAUAGUUGAAUUUAUGACGUGGAAUUUUGCAUUGCAGUCCAUUGAUCACAUAAUCAACUCAUGUGCAAAGACGCUGUAUAUGUCUGGCGGAAAGAUUAGUUGUCCUGUUGUAUUCAGAGGGCCUAAUGGAUUCAAUCCAGGGUAUGCAGCCCAGCACACACAAGACUUCUGCAAUUAUUAUGGAGCUGUUCCUGGGCUCAAGGUUGUUGCUCCGUGUACAGCUAGAGACCACAAAGGGCUACUGAAAUGUGCAAUAAGAGAUGACAACCCUGUUGUGUUUCUAGAAAAUGAGACACUUUAUAAUGAUAUUUAUGAUGAUAUAGAAGAAGGAUACAUUCAGCCAUUGGACAGGGCUGUUAUUGAGGUUGAGGGUAAUGACAUUACUCUUAUUGGGAUUUCUCUCUCUGUGAAGGUAUGCAUGGAGGCUGCAGAAGCACUGAAAGAUGUGGGGAUUUCUUGUGAGGUAAUCAACCUUGUAUCAAUCAGACCUAUAGAUAAAAAAACACUGUUGAGCUCUGCCAAGAAGACAAAACAUGUAUUUGUGGUUGACUUUUCCUGGCCAUCAUUUAGUGUUGCUUCGGAGGUCUCUGCAAUAAUACAUGAACAAUGUUUUGGGGACCUGGCGGUGCCUGUUCAAAGAAUAAAUGGAGAAGAUGUUCCAACACCCUACUCGGAAGAAGUGGAAAGAAUGGCGUUCCCAACAUACUUGGACGUUGUGAGCUCUGUCAUAAAUAUUUACAAAAAUGGCAGAGAGCGAUAA